GCCUCCCAGUUUUAAACAAAACUUGUAACAACUCCCAAGUCAGGUAUGAGGCCAAAAACACAUGGUUCAGUUAGCCUAAAGCUUCUUCUCAUAUGUGUUUUCAUAGCUUUCUUACUUCUCUUUGUGUUGAGAUCAACAUUAACAUUAUCCAGGGUAAGUACAUCAUCAUCAAAAAGUACUUGUUCAUCACCAAAAUGCAAUAAAAUUCCAUCAUCAGUAGCGAAAUCACUCAUUCACUACACAACCUCAGCUAUCACACCACAACAAACACACAAAGAGAUAUUAGUAACAUCCAAGAUUCUAGACAAGAAAUCACCUAGCAACUUCCUUGUAUUUGGUCUUGGACAUGAUAGCCUAAUGUGGCACACACUAAACUAUGGAGGACGAACCAUCUUCCUCGAAGAAGACGAGGCAUGGAUACAACAAAUCAACAAGAGAUUUCCCAUGUUGGAGUCCUACCAUGUUACAUAUGACAGUAAAGUGAAUCAAGCAAAUGUUUUAAUAGAAGCAGGGAAAGGAACAGAGUGUACAACUAUAGCUGAUCCUAGAUAUUCAAUGUGUCAACUUGCCUUAAAGGGUCUACCUAGUGAAAUUUAUGAUAUUAAAUGGGAUUUAAUUAUGGUGGAUGCACCAACAGGGUACUAUGAGGAUGCACCAGGAAGAAUGACAGCAAUUUAUACAGCAGGAAUGAUGGCAAGGAUCAGAGAAGAUGGAGAGACACAUGUGUUUGUGCACGAUGUGAAUAGGGAUGUUGAGGACAAGUUCUCUAGGGAAUUUUUGUGUGAGGGAUAUAUGAAGAAACAAGUUGGGAGGUUAAGGCAUUUUACAAUUCCUAGUCAUAAGAGCAACUUGAAUAUGCCAUUUUGCCCCUAGUUCUUUUUUGUCGUGUCUAUGUUACUCAGACUCUUGAAAAAUGUCACUGGGUGUAUGUAAAGACAGUACGAGUCCGAGUGACAUAGUUUUUUUCUUUUUUAGUUUAUUCAUUUUUUGAGGGGGUGAGUGAUUGGAAGAUCCUGCUGAUGGAUCAAUGAGGAUGUUGUUUUUUUGAGUGAGGAUAGUAAAUCAAUAAUACCAAUAAAUUGGGAAUGUUAUGGUAUUAGGUAUACUAGAGGCAAGUGAAGUUGAGACUACUUUUUUCAUGUAAUAUGUUUGGUACCAUAAAAGUUAUUUUUUAUGAAAAAAGAAUGUUUAAUCUA